CUACAGAUGGCUUUCUUUUUUCGCAGCUGCUCUGCCCCUUCGCCGGCUGCCUUUGAGGUGCAUCUCGCUAAUCUGUGCUGGAUAUUUGGUUUCAUGGAUUUUUGACAUUGGCUUGAUAUAGAUUCAUUUUUUCUUUCAUGCUAAUUGCUCAUUCAGCUGUUCACUCGGCCGAUCAACACCCCUUUUUGUGCAGCCAGUGUCUUGAAAAAGCUUGACGUGGGCUGGCUGAAGUGAUGUCCAGAUCCACAAAAUCGGCCUCAAGGUCUCGGAGCCGUUCGAGGUCCCGGUCGAGAUCCCGCUCCACCUCGCGCUCCAGAAGUUGCUCCAGGUCCCGGUCCAGGAAGCAUCGUUACAGUUCUAGGUCUCGGUCACGGUCAAGGUCUCAUUCUCCAUCUUACAACCGGGAGAAGAAAUAUCCGAGGGGAUACCAGAACAACCGUGAGUUCCGGGGCUACCACCGCGGCUUCCGGAGGCCGUACAACUUCAGGGGAAGGGGGGGGCGGGGCUUCUUCCCACGUGGACGCUUCCAGCGUGGUGGUGGGGGCGGUGGCCGCUACAACAACAACAACAACAACAACAACGGCUUCCGCCCAAACUGGAAGAAUUACAAGCAGCACCCUCAAAGGCCACAACAACAACAACAACAACAACAACAACAACAACAACAACAACAGCAGCAGCAAAACGAUUGGCAGGGGCGAUCGCACAACCUCCAGAAACGCUCAGGAAGCCCCCCCCAUGGUCACUCCCACCGCUCUGACCGAUCCUCCACGCCGUUAUCCAGACACUCUCAGCAUUCUUCUUCCUCCUCGCACUCCUCCUCUCCUAAAUGCAGGCCAGCCUCGUUGCCGGCUAAUCAGAACUCGAAAGAUGGGAAAGAGGAGAACUCGGCCUCAAAGGAGGCCCAGAAGGGAGCAGGAGGAGGGGGCAGGGAGCCAGUGGAGCUCGCCGGUGUGUCGGCAGGAGAUGUCAGAGAAAGCACGGGCAGUGGGAAAACUGAGGGGAAAUGGCAGGGCCUGACCGGCUGCAGCAGCAGUCCAAGGAGAACCAGUCCUCUGGCAAAUUCUCCUGUUAUUGUCGGUCAGAGCGGCCAAAAUGCCAACCAGGCUGGCCCCUCCAGUAAAUAUAAAAAUGACACCAGCAACGGCGCCCCCUCGUGGCAGAUGGUGUGUAGGUCACCCUCCACUAAAAAACCCUCGCAUGAAGGCCUAAAUCCUAUGUUGCCCAGCUUCGACUUCUUCUCCACGGAGGAAUACUUGGAUGGAGAUAAGACAGCGAUCUCCGCCGCCUUCAGACAGUUUCUGGAGGAGCAAAAUAAAAAAGCUACAUCCGCCUGGGAAAAUGGCAAAAAGGCAGAUGAUGUGGAUGUGGCGCAGGGGAAGGCAAACGGCAAAGCAUCAGCAAUUAACGCCGACUCAGUGUCGAGGAAGCACAAAGAGGACAGUGAAGUGUCUCUGAGCAGCUUUCUGAAAGCCUCUCCGUUUCUGUCUGGGGAGGAAGAGGAGGAGAUGAUCGUCACACCCCAUCAAAAGUCACUUCACAAAGACUGGCACACUGGGGACGAGUCCCCUAAGCUAAACAGCAAGGUCAGUCACUCAGCCCGGGGGCUCUUUGCAGAGUGCUUUGGCAAAUGGAAGAGCACGACCUAUUCGCAGGUAGCUGACAGUGACCUCGACGCCGUGGCCGAUGAGAUAUAUCUCGGUCGGAAGCACGAUAAGGGGGCAGCCUUUGCUGCCGCCCUCGCCAAGAGGGAGUUAGCAGGAAAACUUGACGAGCUGUCCCCAGACACGAGUUACAAAGCCAGGAAGAUGGCGAAAUCUCCCUCGAUCCCAUCGCCUACGCCGCCACCGCCAAGGAGGAACUCUGACAGAGAGAUGUUCAUGGUCAGGGGGGACGACUCGUCUCUCACGUCCUCAAGAAAACAGGAAGCAAAAGUGAAUGUCAGAAUGGAUUUUCUUGGAGACAGCCUGAUAAGCUCCUCUGACAUUUUAGCCGAGGAGCGACAGUUGUCUCAGGAUCUCGUGCAGUCCUCCAAAAAGGAUCAGGAGUUUCGCUCCAUCUUUCAACAUGUUCAGGCUGCUCCAUUGCACAGGAGUCCCUCUGAGCUGUUCGCUCAGCACAUAGUCACCAUCGUCCACCACAUUAAAGCUCAGCACUUUCCAUCUUCUGGCAUGACUCUAAACGAGCGAUUCACCAUGUACCAAAGACGAGCUGCGGAGAAGGAAAUGAUGAAGCCGAGAAAAAGCCCAGAGAUACACAGGAGAAUCGAUGUUUCCACAAGUGCUUUUAAGAAACACUCUCAACUCUUUGAGGCAAUGAAAAGCACAGAGGAGGGCACUUACAAGCUGGCUGUUACCCAGGACGGCGGGGAAAAAAUAAAGGGCGACCCAAUGGACCUCCGAUUGGAUAUUGAGCGCCGUAAAAAAUAUUCCACCCAUGAGAGAGAUAAUAAUCAAAGUCGGGGAAGAGAUGUGGGAGAUUCCCCAAAUUCAAGCAGAGAGAGAUCUGUGGAAAAGUUCUCCAAAUGCCACAGGAGAUCAGAGAAAAGUAAGAAGAAGCGCUCUCGCUCAAGUUCAUCCUCUUCCUCCUCAUCGAGAACAUCCCAGCAAGAUGGAGAUUUGCCCCUAAACAAGUGUGAUCCCAAAGAUGAAGGCUUUAAUAGAGCCCGACUGGGUCAGGGGGAGUCACCAGGGCCCGGAAGAGGGAGGCAACUUGGAGGAUUUCAAGUACAAAUUAGUGGAAGAGGCUGGAACAGAGGCAGUUGUCAAGGGAACGGUUCACAUAGGAACACCAUAAACAUGGCAGGACACCAAAAAAGUGAGGGCUGGGAAUCAGAGUACACUCCCAAGAGCAAACAAUACUACUUGCACGAUGACAGAGACCGGGAGGCGGACUGCGAGUGGAUGGACAAUCGAGGGCGAGGGCGGGGAGGCUUCUCUCGUGGAAGGGCACGUUUCAUCAUCCGCAAAGCCACCGGGGGCUCCAGCACCAGUAACCCCAGAUGGGCCCAAGACAAGUUCCAAGUCAAUGGGGAGCAAGGUGGCGCACAGGAAGAGAAGACGGAGCAGGACCACAAAGAGGGGAAAAUAGAUGGAGGGAAUAGUUGAGCGGUGAAGCACUCUGCUGAAAAAAUCUUUACUGUCAUCUGUGUUGUUAUGGGAUCUGACUCAUUGAUUUUAUCCGCACGUUGGCUCGAUGAAUACAGAUUAAAAAAUGUUUUAAGACUCAGCUAUCACUUUGAAAACUUCAAGCUUUAAAUUUGCUUUGCCUGGACACAACAUUUUCCUACAUCAAGAUACAGUCUGUUACAAGAAGACACACUGUUUAAGGGUGAAAUGCUGUUUCUCAUGACAAUUCACAAUGUUGUGUUUCAUGUUUCUUUUUUUCUUUCUUCUUUUUUUUUGUGCAAUGUUUUGGUAGUUUUUUUGUUGUAGAUCAAAUCAACUAGUGCUUGUGAAGAUGAAAAGAGAAAAUGUUUCUGAGGAGACUAUGAGAUAAAUACAUUGUGAUAAUACAUUAGCUCUCACCAAUGAAAAGAUAAGCAGGCAUGUUGUUUUGAACUAUAUCUCGUCUAGAUUAAAAUUGCAGCAGUUAACACACUGUAGAUCAUGUUGACAUUAAAUAUAUAUAUUUCUCCGUUUAGCCGAGUCAGCACUCGACUCGACUCAAAUGACCCUGAUCUGACGGUGGGACCAAACUGUACAGGGUCAAAGGUUAAACUAUUCAGUCUUUCUUCGUCCAUCAUCAAACUGAUCUAUAAUAAUAUCUGAUAGCAAACAUGAUAAAUUUAUCAUGUUAAUGAAACAUUUUGCUUUCUUCCCUUUACAGUGGCUGUGUGCUUUACCUUUGGUACCACUAAUCAGUUCAUUUUAUUGAUUAUAUUUUUUUCCUCCAGAGACAUUUAUUGUAGUUUUUGUACAUGGCUAGACAGGACUAUGACUGCUAUCGCAAUAGAAUUUUAUGUACAUUUUUGUUUGCUGAUUGCAAAUUUUUCUCCAGCCGGUGAUGUUUAAUCAAUUGUAUGUAAAAUUGUGUGCAUCUGUGUCAACAUUGCGAUAGAAUGGUAUAUUGUGUAGCAGAAAUACAGGGCAGUUUAUAUAACAGUGUUUAUGUCUACUCCUGGAAUAAGAUUUUAUUUUUUUCUCUUAAAAAUAGGAUUAAACUAAUUUCUCAAUUGCUCAAAAUUUGAAUUACAUAAUGUGUGCCUUACUGUGGGUGCUCUGGUCUUAGUUGUACAAUACCGUUCUGCCAUUUUAUAUUCAAUUGUUUAAUGGUUACUUGCUUAGCAAAUAAUGUUUUUUUUUAAUAGGUGAUGUUAUUAUCUUUUUUCUUCGAGAUUGUACAUUAAAAAGACACUGAUUUCUUUGAUGCUCA